AUGAUUCAACCUGCUGUUGCUGCCCAUCGCGCGGCCUUCAUUGAGGCCAAAACAGCGGAAGCCCGUGCUGCGCGCGUCCGAGGCGAUUCGCGUACGACCUACGCCCUUCUACGUGCUCUUGGUGGUCGCUGCACGUCUAAGCAGCCCCAGCACGUAGAGAAGCCCGACGGCGCCCUCGCCACCUCUGAAGCCGAACGGCAGGCACGGCGGCUACAACGCUACACCGACGUCUUCAAGGGCACCCCGAUGUCUAUCGAGCAGCUCCGCGGCAUCCCGCUCGAGGCCCCGAUCAUCAACGACUGCGUCGACGUCUCGCCCUCCCGCGUCGAGGAGGCCCUGAUGCGCCUGACGUCCAACCGUGGUGCUGGUCGUGAUGGCGUCGCCGCCGAGGUCCUGCGCGCUGGCGGUGGCGCGGUGGCCUCGACGUUGUCCGAGGUGUACGGUUGCGUGGUCUCUUCCGAGGUUUGGCCUUCUGCUUGGGCUGGUAGCCGCGUUGUGGAAGUCCACAAAAGGAAGGGCUCCAAACAUAUUUGCGAUGGAUAUCGCGGCAUCCACCUCGACAGUCACAUGUGCAAGGGCCUGAAGGAAAUCCUCAAUGACCAGAUCAAGCCGCAGUGUGCCGACUUUGCCUCCCACGUUGUUCUCACCUUCGUUGAUCGGAGCAAGGCCCUCCAGCUGUGCACUUUCAUUCUGUACGUCGACCUGUCCAAGGCUUUCGAUAAGGCUUUGCGCGAGCUGGUCCUGGGAAUCCCCCUGGACUGCAAGAUCCCGAACGAGUGCUUCGCAUCCUUCGGCCUCGCUUCUCAUCAUGUGUCCUGGGUCAUGGAGUUCGUGCCCGUGCACGGCCCCCUCAUGCGACAAUGGGGCGUCCCUGGUAAGGUGGUGCGCUUGGCGAAAAACCUUCAUUCGAUGAGUUGGCUCAGUUACGGCGACGUUGACCCGGCCGUCAGCGUGAGGCUCGGCGGCAAGCAAGGGUGCGAUUUCGGCAGCAACAUCUUCAACGGCUCGUACUCCGUUG